AUGGUUCAAUCAAUUACCAACAAGAAUCUUGGUGACUUGCCUACAGAGGCACCUAAGGUCGCUUCCAACGUGCUUGACUUAUUCUCGUUAAAGGGUAAGGUCGCUUCGGUGACGGGUUCCUCGGGAGGAAUCGGCUGGGCCGUUGCUGAAGGUUUUGCUCAGGCUGGUGCGGAUGUUGCCCUUUGGUACAAUUCCCAUAAGAUUGACGAUAAGGCUGAACAUUUGGCCAAGACGUAUGGCGUGAAGGUGAAGACCUACCAGUGUAACAUUUCCGACCAUGCUGACGUCGAGAAGGUGAUUUACCAGAUUGAGGAGGAUUUCGGUGGUCUUGAUAUCUUUGUGGCCAAUGCUGGUGUUGCCUGGACUGAAGGUGCUUGUAUCGAGGUUGAAGGUGUGGAUGCCUGGAAGAAGAUGAUCGACUUGGACUUGAACUCGGUUUACUACUGUGCCAAGCCAGUGGGUCGUAUCUUCAAGAAGAGAGGCAAGGGCUCUUUUGUCAUCACUGCAUCCAUGUCUGGUCACAUUGUCAAUGUGCCCCAGCUCCAGGCGCCUUACAAUGCUGCUAAGGCUGCUCUUCUCAUGCUUGCCAAAUCGCUUGCAAUUGAAUGGGCUCCAUUCGCUAGAGUUAACAGUGUUUCUCCAGGAUACAUUGCCACUGAUAUCACCGAGAACAUUGACCCAGAGACGCAAAACACCUGGUUCAAGCUCAUUCCUUUGGGCAGACAAGGUGAGCCUCACGAGUUGGUUGGCGCCUACUUGUAUCUUGCCUCGAACGCUUCGACUUACACGACCGGCACGGACAUUUUGGUGGACGGUGGCUACUGCGCCCCAUAG